GCGCUGUGAGCGGUUGUCAUCGCGAUGUCACCACAGGUUGGCCCAAAAGCCCACAAAUAAUGUUGCUCUCAGAAAAUUGGCAAUUUUGCUAGUGAAAAGUGCCGGGAAAGCCAUCAAAUCUACAUUGUGAACAGCCAUAAGUGUCCUGAAAUCUAUUCCAGUUGCAAUCACCGCAAUCAGAGUUGCACAACAAUGGGAAUAUUGAUAUCGAAGUUUCGGAAAAAGGAGUCGUCCUUCCAGAAGCUGGAGAAGAUUGAGAAGAGAAUCAACGAAAUUGAGAGUUACUCGGUGGAGACGCAGAAGCGACAGAAGAGAUUUGUUGGGAAUUUCAUAGUUGGAUCUCUUAUCGUGUUUAUCGUCGGUUUUGGUGUGUUUUACUUAUUUUACUUUCCGCCAACGUGGACUGAACGGAUUUUGUACAGCUGGCCUCUUCUCUGCUUCCCCUUCUUGAUCCUCACCGUGCGAUGGAUCCUCAAUCUGUACUUCGACAGGCAAUUGAACAAGAAGUCCGAUGAACUCUUUUCUUUGCGUGACAAGAAGAGACAGACACUUGAGAAUGUUAUGAACAAUGAACCAUACAAAGUCGCUCUGCAGAUCUUGGACAGAUUCAGCGACAAGAACGCUUCGAUGAGAAUCAUGAAGACGCCCGCUGCUACUCCGGCUGCCACUCCGGUCACGGAUAGGCGAUUGGGUACCGGGCAUGAGACGCCGCAGGUGCGGAAUAUGAACUAUGUCAGUCCCUACAGACCGCAACACGCUACUCCUGUCGCGAGGACACCGAAUCCAACUCCAGCGCCGCGGCCGCGAUCUGCCACUCCGACGAGACCACUCACGUUUCCGGUCAUCGACUGGCAGAAGCGCAAUGUGGUGGAGCGAAUGGUGGAUUAUUUGGUCGGUGAUGGACCGUCAUCGCGAUAUGCCAUGAUCUGCAAGUUCUGCUUCAGACACAAUGGUAUGGCACUGCAGGAGGAGUUUGAGUACUCAAAUUUCGUUUGUGCAUACUGCAAUAAGAUGAAUCCAGCGAGAAAACUUCGUCCGACUCUCACAAGUUUGGAGAGAAACGGCGGAAGUGCAGGCGUCGCGAGGGAAGAGAAGCCUGGCGAGAAGACUGAUAGUUCAGAGAGCGUUCCAUCGUCCAAAUCGUCAGACAAUGAUUCAGUUGCUCGUGCUCAAAUUCUGGAAUUCAUGGAACACUUCUGCAAUCUCGUUGCAGAGGAAGACGUGCGAUUCACACCGUGGAAGAAGCAGAGCGACGGAGAGGUGCAGGUGAUGGAGAGCGGAAGUGAAGGUGUAGCAGAAGCGAGCGAGGGCGAGAAGGACGUGAAGCAGAAGAAGGAGGAUUAACCAGAGGGGCUUUUAUAUCGACACACACAAACACUCACCAAGUCAGUGACAUCGCGAUAAAUUGCUGAUGAGAAUAAAUUUUUGCCGUUGAA